AUGUUUGUUUCAGAUAAACCGGAAAAGGCCGUAAACUCAACUGCAAACAUGCCCGAAGAAAGUGGAAGCAAAAUCUUUGUUGGCCAUCGCGCCCUGGGCUACGUGUCCAAUCAUGUUCCAUUAGUGACGAGGUACAUCUACAGCCGAAAAGAGCACCUCAUCGUUACUUGCGUGGGUCGCGUUUUCCACACUUACGGCGGGAAUAAGCUCGGCCUUUUGAGCGUGAGCAAGAUUCAUCCGGAAGAUAUUACGGCCAUGACGGCAGACGCUUAUCUUGUGUUCGUGGCUGCCGGAAAGGACAUUUACGCUUGGCGAAGAGGUCACGAGCUCAAGCACAUUUAUCAAAGCCACGAAAACCCGGUCCAUCUCCUCAUUCCAUUCGGACCUCAUUUACUUUCUGUGGACACAAAUUCCGUCGUGAAAGUAUGGGAUAUCAAGUCGGCAGAGUUGGUCCGGGAAUUUGAGUUCAAUCCGGACAAGUUCAAUAUCACGGCCAUGGUGCAUCCCGCUGCCUACGAAAAUAAGAUUGUUUUUGCUAGUAAGCAAGGCUCACUUCAGUUGUGGAAUAUCAAAUCGUGCGAAAAGAUAUUCAAGUUUGACGGUUGGAACUCACCAGUUACUUGUUUAGAACAAGCUCCGGCCAUUGACGUCGUAGCCAUAGGGCUCGAAAAUGGCGAAAUCUACCUUCACAACCUCAAAUUCGACGAAACCAUCAUCAAAUUCAGUCAGGAGUGGGGCUCUGUAACUGGUUUGAGUUUCCGCACUGACGGUCCACCUAUUCUGAUAUCGGCAAGUAAAAGCGGGCACUUGGCGUUUUGGGACCUCGAAGAACGGAAGUUGUGCGGACAAUUGAGAGAAUCCCACCAAGAGGCUGUCACGGGGGCUCGAUGUCUUCAAAGUGAGCCUUUAUUGGUCACAUCAAGCCCUGACAAUACAUUAAAGCAGUGGAUCUUUGACAUGUCGGAUGGAGGAGCACGAUUAUUAAGGAUCAAGGAAGGACACGCCGAACCCCCGAACAAAAUCAGAUUCUAUGGUGCCUUCGGAAAGCAUAUUCUAAGCGCCGGCGAGGAUGCGUCGUUGAGAUCGUUUUCCACGGUGACGGAUCUUCUAGAUAAAAGCUUUGGUGUGGCUAGCUACAACCGAAAACUGUCCAAAAAGCACAAGAAAUUGGCAAACCCGGUCAAAAUGGAGCCUAUUAUUGAUUUCACAACAGAAACCACUCGCGAUCGAGAUUGGGAUAAUAUUGCUGCCGUUCAUCGUGAUACUACCAUUACUACCACGUGGUCGUUUGGCAAUAAAAGAAUGGGAGACCUCAAACUGAAGCAUCCCAGAUUCAAGGAAGAUCCAUCACUCAAGGAUAUUCGCGCGACGUGUUUGACACUCUCUGUGUGCGGAAACUUUGUUUGCAUCGGUUACGAGAGUGGCCACGUAGACCGAUUCAACAUUCAAUCCGGCAUUCAUAGGGGUGAAUAUGGCAAUCCUGCUCAUCCUAAAAGAUCCAUCCGCGGGAUCAAGACCGAUGGUCUUAAUCAGGUUGUGAUCACCGGCGAUAAUCGAGGAAUAGUCAGAUUCUGGCACUUCUCAAAACGCCACCUCUUGGCCAACCUCAAGCUUGAGGGUGAGAUCAAUAACAUGGAAAUCCAAAGAGAAUCCUCAUUAUUGGCCCUGAGCUUCCAAGACUUUUCUUUGAGUGUGAUUGACGUGAUCACGAAAUCAGUUGUGCGGCGGUUUCCGGGACAUCAGCGACAAUUAACAGACUUGGCUUUCAGUUCGGACUCGCGGUGGCUGAUAUCAGCCAGUAUGGAUUCGACGGUCAAAGUAUGGGACAUCCCCUCGGGUCAUUUAGUGGAUCACGUCAAAUUUCCUUCGCCUGUCACAUCACUGACUCUUUCGCCAACUGGAGAUUAUCUGGCCACAUCGCAUGUUGGCGAGCUCGGAAUCUACCUAUGGAUCAAUGCAUCUCUCUAUUCGCAUGUCUCGUUAAAGCCUAUCGAUUCCAAUUCAACUCCAAAAAAAAUUGAACUCCCCUUGACUUUGUGGAGAGAUUUGGAGGACGAAACGGAAAUCAAAUCCGAACACAAAUUGGCGAUUGCAUCAAGUGGUGAAGUGGAGGAAAUAAUGGACGUCCAAGAAGCCAUGUUUGCCUCUCCGGAGCAAAUAUCGCAAGACCUAAUCACCUUAGCAAAUUUGCCCGAUUCUAGGUGGCAAAAUCUGCUUGACCUCGAUGUCAUUAAGUCCAGAAAUAAGCCCAAGAAUCUAGUGGAAAAGCCUAAAAGCGCGCCGUUCUUUCUCCCGACCAUAUCUGGUCUCUCCACGACCUUUGACCUCUCGGCCGAGGGUUCCACAAACGAGAAGCCCCAAGGACAACAGCUACCAUCCUCCAUGGUGAGCUUCACUCCGUUCGGGAAAGCCUUGCUGAUCGCGGAAACCAGCGAGAACUUCAAUGCCGCAAUGACAGAGCUCCAGAAAAAAGGACCUUCGGCCAUUGAGGUAGAAAUCACCUCCCUGGGACCACUCGGAGGUGGAUCGGUCGAGUUACUAACACAGUUUCUCAACAUGAUUCUGAGCACAUUGAAAAGGAAGACGAGUUUCGAGGCUUGCCAAGCCUACUUGGGACUCUUCCUCAAGAUCCAUUCGGAUGAAGUCAUUGCGAAUAACGAACUGGCCGAGAUCCUUGAAGAGAUUCUUACCCAACAAGAACAAAGUAUUUCAGAGAUUCGAGACUCUCUCAGUGCUGCCACGACUCUAGUGGCUUUUUUUAAGAACUCUCUGAUUUGUUGAAAUGAAAGUAAUUGAUUUGCAA